AUGGCCAGCGACUGUCGGUUUGUUUACCCCAACGGCAGCAAGGUGUCCACCCUCCCAUCGAGCCCGCCGCAUCCCAACCUGGGUAGCAGUGAGAGUUGGAGGGAAAGGCAGCACCAGCCAUCUCUCGUCCACAAGGUGUUUGUCAUCAUCCUCACUCACCAUGGAGAGCGCAGAGCCUGCACCCUCGCGCCACCGUGCCUACUACCGCUCCCUGCUGAAGAUGUCACGACCAUAGCAGCCUCGAAUGGCCAUGACCCGUCCCAAUCCAUCGGUUGCCAUCGCAAUCGCGAGCCAGUCCAUGGCCAGCGCAGGCAUCCCCGACCAUACAUUGCAAAAUGA